AUGCUAGUGUACAACCUCAGGGAGAACUUUCGGGCUGUUAGUGAAUUGUCUCGUCCAGUAUUCAACGACAUUUGUCAUCUAAAACGUCGACGAUCGUCUCAGCUCGCUGAUUCUACGGCAAAUUUUAAAGCGACCAAAGUUAUUCAUCGUACAAGGGAUAUGUUGUUGGUAACGUUACUAAAACUCUGCGGUGAUGUUGCUCUAAACCCUGGCCCUGUUCAACUAAAUUUGCAAUCGCCAAUAUCUAAAGGUUUAAAGAUCUGCCACUGGAAUAUACAACGGCUUACAACAACCAAACAAGACGAAAUAAAGAUUAGUCUCACGGAAAAUUCGAACAAUUCUAACAAGAUCGAUAUUCUGAUUUUAUCGGAGACAUUUUGCACGAACAAGACUCCUGACUACCUAUACGCUAUCACGGACUAUAAAUUAUUUCGUAAGGACAGAAUAGGUAAGCUCGGCGGAGGGGUUAUGGCGUUUGUACAUAAAGAUCUGGAAGUUGAACGGCGAAUCGAUAUGGAGGACGAUGACUUAGAGGCACUGCGGCUAGAAGUUAACCCGCACAAAUCUAAUAGAUCAUUGUUCGUUGCUGGGGUAUAUCGCCCGCCAUCAUCGAAUGUAGAUAUGGACAAGAAACUUGGUAGAAAUAUUGAGAAUGCGAAACUGCGUAAUAAAGAGCUUAUUAUCAUGGGGGAUCUUAACGUUGACUAUAUGACACCUGAAAAGUUUUGUAAACAAAAACUAAUGAAGAGCUUGUUGAAUCUUAAUCUGUCCCAGUUGGUAAAUCAAAUCACAAGACCUAUGUCGCAAUCAUGUCUGGAUCAUAUAUGGUGCAGUCACCCAGAACGAAUCAGACAGGUAGAAGUGUUGUCAUCAGGUAUGUCUGAUCAUUUACCUACAGGGUGUCUCAAAAAAACCCAAAAUCAUUGAAAUAACGUAUUGUUCGAAUUUCAAUGCCGUAACACAAAGGAUUUUGACAGGGUGAUUAAUUUGUUUUAAAAAUUAAAAUAUCUUUGUAAAGUGAACGUUUGUUUGCUCAUGGGAAUUUAAAAAUGCUUCGUAAAUUGUAAUAUGCGUAAUAUGCAUUCGUGGGUUUAGUACUUUAUGCCUGACAUAACAAGUUUACGCUGAGUAUUACCAUUCAUUAUAGCAGUUAUGUCAAUCUUUUAUGCACUCGUGGGAUUAACUUAGUGCUAGGGCAUUGAAUAUCGAACAAUACGUCAAUUUCAAUGAUUUUGGUUUUUUUUUAGACACCCUGUAUAGUUGCUGUAAGAAUAUACAAAAAAUUGAAAGACAACAAAGGUGAGCAUCAUAACAUUACGUAUAGGGACUUAAGGAAUCUGAAUGAACAAGCUUUUUGUGAGUCUUUGUCUUCCGCUCCAUGAGAUUGUGCAUUCACUUUUGAUGACCCCGAUGAUAUUGUUUAUGCAUAGUAUAAUAUUUUUAACAGUAUUGUUGAUCAACACGCACCAUUGAGACAAAAACGAGUUAAAAGAAAGUCUCAACCUGAUUGGUUUAGCAAAAUUCUUGAAGAUGUGCUAAAGAAAAGAGACAAGCUACUCUACAGAGCUAGACAAUCACAAUCUGAUUCCGACUGGUCAGCUUUUAGAAAGGCGAAAAAUAAAGUCACUAAUUUGUUACGAAAAACUAAACAAACGUAUUUUAAGAAUAAAGUGGCCGAAAAUAGAAACGAUCCUAGAAAAUUAUGGCGCCUAAUUCGCGAACUCGACGGCGUGAAUGUCAAGGAAAAUUUUACAUGGCGUUUGAAUGACGGUGACAAGUUAGUAUCAGACAAGUAUCAAAUUGUUGAGAUGUUUAACUCAUACUUUAUCGAACUACCGAAAUCAAUUUUCACUGAAUUAAUUAAUAUAACUGGAGACUAUAUUUCCCCAGAGCAACGAGUUCACUCGCAGCUCGAAAUCCCCCACAUCACACCUGAGCAAGUGAAUGAUUUUCUGGAUCAAAUUCCUGUAAAUAAAGCUACCAGCCCAGAUGGUGUAGGUAUACGGCUUCUCAAGUUAGCUGCCCCUGUAAUUUCAGAAUCGCUCAGCAGAAUAAUUAAUUCUUGCAUAAUAACUGGAAAAUUUCCAACAAAGUGGAAAGAGGCGAGCGUUACACCUAUCUACAAGGGUAAAGGUUGUAAAAGUGAAGCCUCAAAUUACAGGCCCAUAUCAGUGUUGUCCGUCUUGUCUAAGGUGUUUGAAAAGCACAUUGCGUCAUCAUUGCGUGCUCACUUGAAGGAGAACGCCUUGUUGUAUGGAUUACAAUCCGGCUUCCGGAAGUCAUUUUCCACUGAAACUGCAUUAAUAAGGCUUUUGGAUCAGUUGCUUUUCAACCUUGAUGAAAACUGUGUUAGCGGUCUGGUCCUCGUUGAUUAUAAAAAAGCAUUUGAUCUAAUAGACCAUAACAUCUUGAUUAAAAAGAUUUUUUCAUAUGGAGUACAUGGCCAGUCUCUGGAAUUGUUCAAAAGUUAUCUUUCUGAUCGAUCCCAAUAUGUCAAUGUGGACGGUGUUAAGUCAUCCUCUAGGCCUGUCGAAUGUGGUGUGCCCAAGGAUCUAUACUUGGGCCCAUCUUAUUCAUUAUAUUCAUUAACGAUCUUCCAGAUCAGAUCAAACAUACUGUUGCUGAUAUUUAUGCUGAUGACACGACGCUUAGCUAUGCACAUGAUUACUCUUCUGCCCCUCAGUCAAUUACGGUUGAAUUACAGAAGGACAUUACAAAUCUUGCAGAUUGGUCAAGAGUUAAUCAUAUGGUUUUGAAUGAAGAGAAAACUAAAACUCUUCUGAUCGCCGGAAAGCGCCUGAAGAAGAAAAUGGACACACUUGAUAUUGAUCUUAUGCUGAAUGGGAAAAAACUCCAACAAGUCACCUCGUUUAAAUUGCUUGGAGUUACGCUCGAUGAUGAACUGAGCUUUGAUAUACAUGUUGACAAUAUAUGUAAGAAACUAUCUCAACGAAUCGCGGUACUCUGUAAAAUAAAGCGUUGCCUCCCAUUUAGAGAACGCUGUCUUUAUUAUAAUGCUAUGAUAAAGCCUAUCAUUUUCUAUGGUUCAGCUGUUUGGACAACAACCUCGAAAGAAAACCUAAACAGAGUUUUUAGGUUACAGAAAAGAGCAGCUCGGGUUAUUUUAGAUUUGGACAUGUCAGCGCGAACAGUUAACAUGUUUCAGCAACUAAACUGGAUACCAUACUACGACGAAGUGAAGAUUCUUAAAGCAACAACAGCCUAUAAACGUAUAAAGAAUGAUUCUCCGAACUAUUUAGAUGAUAUGCUGAAACUGAAUUCUAGUGUAAAUAGUAGAUCCACUAGAUAUUGCAAUUUAAAUUUCCUAUGCCCUAAAUACAAGCGAGAAACCGAAGGUGGUCGUACAUUUGCCGUUUCGACCAUAAAACAAUGGAACCAGCUGCCUAAGACUGUGCGUGAUAAGGGGACGGUGGCUUCGUUUAAACACGGCAUGAAACAGCUUUUUAAAGAGAGCUAUGAAAACAUCGAUCAUUUUACUAUAUAAUCUUCGGAUUUUAGACGUAUGUAUAUAUAGUAUUUUAUAAAUUUAGUACUUAGGUUUAAUGUUAUUUGUAUAAUCCAUUGAGAGCGGACGGUGGCUUCGUUUAAACACAGCAUGAAACAGCUUUUUAAAGAGAGCUAUGAAAACAUCGAUCAUUUUACUAUAUAAUCUUCGGAUUUUAGACGUAUGUAUAUAUAGUAUUUUAUAAAUUUAGUACUUAGGUUUAAUGUUAUUUGUAUAAUCUAUUGAGAGCCACAAAUUUAUCAGUGCAAACUGGCAUGUGUAACUCUCGUUAAAUAAAGUCUUCAUUCAUUCAUUCAUUCAUUCAAAACCAAAUCACAUAUUAAUAUUCAAAAGUUGUAAACACUGUUGCAUAAUUAUAUGAUAUAACAAAAUAUUAAUAUCGUCGCAUUUCUAGUGGUAACUAACUAUAAAUUAGGCCAAUUUAAACUCCACUAUGAAGAAUAUAAAAAACUAAAGGUUAUGUUUCAGUUUAUAAACCCAGACUUUAGUUUUAUAAAUAUAAACAUUAACGCUAUACGAAGCCAAUGAAGGCACAUUUUGGCUUAAAUACUCGGUCAGAGCCUCAGAGGUGUGUUCUAGUACACAAUUAAUCUUCUCUCUCGAUCUCUCACAGUUUAAAACAAACAAUAAUACUAACCUUCGACAAAUCGUGUACAAAUCUUAUCGAAUUUAACUAUUUUGCCACAGAUUUUGCCAAAAAAUAUUUCUUAGACAGACAAAGUAUUUUAAUAAUGACGCUCCUGACUCCUUGCGUGAAAAUGUUAAUCUAUCCCAAAGUUUGAAUAAAUUAAUCCAAGAUUGCAUUAUUUGCAUGAUAAUGUACUUGUCAUUGACCAAUCAGAAUAUAUAGAAGACCGGCCGGUGCCAGGGCCUUUUCCCGCCUUCCCAAUGACAAAAAGGGAAAAGCCCUGGGAACGAGGUUGUAGUUUCAUGCAAGAUUCGAAUUUACUCUUGAAACCAAUAAACUUGGGAAACAAAUCUGUACAAAAGUCUCAAGUUUUAAAUUAUUACGUGUUUAUCUCAGUGAUAUAUGAUCUUAAAAGGAAUAUAGGUUACACAUUGAGUAUAUCUAUACCAAAGCGUGUAAGAGACACUGGGCCUUACGUAUGUUAGACCGUGUUGGCGUUAAUUAGUACACUGCGAGCGGUCCCCCCUUUCGGCGGCUUUAGAUUUCCGGGCACGCGAGAAAGGAAAGGAGGGACUGCAGACAACACAGUCAAGAAAUGAAACCGCGUUUCCCACACAACGCAAAAUUCCCAUUGGUCGAAAUCGAUACGCCUGUCAAUCAAAUCUGAUAUGUAGUAAUUAUGCUAUAAAUAAUUUCCAGAGUAGCUGUUGAAUGAUAUGUUCUUCAUGCCAAAUGGAUAAAAAAUAAGCAAGUACGAGUCUGAUAAAAAAUGCUAGUCAUAUCGCACAUUUUCACCGUUGUAAUAUGCGAUUCUGACUAACAUUUUUUAUCGGACUCGUACUUGCUUAUUUUUUCUCCAUUUGGCAUGAAAACAUAUCAUUCAACAGCUAAAAGCCCCAUCUUUUCGAAUAUGAAAAAAAAUGAGUAAUUCAGGUACAAUAACUCGCUGAAGUUCGAUUACCUUUUUUAUACACCCUGUAAAUAAACAUGAUAUCAACGGUUUCCUAUUGGAUAGAUUUAAUUGGAUAUAGUAAUGUUUAUGCAAAGGCGGAGCCAAUUUGACAAGAGCGAAAAGUGGGCGAAUUUCGUUUCUUGCUGUAUUGUCUGCGGUCCCUCAUUUCUUCGAGGGACCACUCGCGGUCUAGUUAAAUAGAGAAGCAUCAUUAAAGAUUAUGUAACAAUGAUCAGCCCAAAUUUGGAAUAUGCUAUUCCUAUUUGGCAAUAGAUUCCGGAUCGUCUAUCGCAGAAAAUAGAAUCUAUUCAGAAAAGAGGUUUGAGAAUAAUUUCUCCGGAAGCUGAUUCAUACGACGUUCUUGAACUAGCUAAACUAUAGAUAGCUACACUAUUUAACAGAAGGGUUUCUAUAUGGCAAAGAUCAUGGCGUAGAAUUCGCGGUCAUAUUAGGGGAUGUAACAACUAUAACAGAACGCAUGCGCUUUAGAAUUUCACUGGAAUACUUAUGGCGAAAAGGAUUUUUUUGACUAAAGAAAGUACCACCUGAAAAUGUUACUGUAUCUGAAAUAGAAAUAUGAGGCUUACCAAAAAUUACCAAAAAGUGAUUGGCUCCUGCGGUUUUUCAGGUUGCAAAAGCGCGACUGUUUUAUUCCUUUUGUAGCAGCAAAGGCACGUCAAAAACCCCAAAAUAUCGACUGUUUGAGGCAACAACGCUGAUUUCACGAAGGGUACCACUCAGAACAUGUAGGGUUUUAGGUAACCUUAAUUUAAAGCCAGAAAAAUCGUUGAUGGUUUGUUCUGAGGGAAGAUGUGGUUAUUUAAAUACUUAUUACAUUGCGAAAAUAUAACGCGAAAUUCUUUUUCCUGUCGUUUCGCCAUUGCUCAAGUAACUUGCCGGUAUGAACCGAAGACCCAUCGAGCCAAUCAAAUCAAAAGACAAGGGAAGAACAAAUUAACUAGCCCCCCCCCCCCCCUUGGGAGAAGAAUUGUUGACCGUUCUGCAUUACGAGUUCUACGCCAUGAUAUGAAUAAAAUGAAAUGAUCCGCACACCCCCUACAUUUCCUGUUACACCCCCACUACAUUUCCUAUUACACACCCAAUCCGAAGAUGCUGAUUAUAAACAUUACUCUAAAGAGUAAUGAAGUUUUGUAAAACUAAAAGAACAGAUGAAUUUUUUACAUUUAAAUAUUUUUAGCCACUAUACAGUAUAUCAGAACGCCGAAUGGGCAUGAGGAAGCACCGCUAUUUUGUUGCAAUUUAGGACAAAUUUGGACUUGCAAACACGUCUCUCAACAGCUUCUUGUGCGGGCUUUUCAUUUUAAAGUUAAAAUUAGGUACGCACUGCGUACAUUUUGCAAGCCAUUAGUCAGUCACAGCAGGUGCAUGAGGUUAACUAUAAACUUGUUAAAAUUGCUGGUGUUUGUUGGCAUAAUUUGUAUGCACUUUUUACCUCUGUGACCGAAGUGCAACAUUCAGGGCGUGGACUUUAUUAUUAUUAUUUUGGCUCAAAUGCACAUGGGCUCCCAGUGCAACUCUACAAGAAAUUGAUUAGUUUUAUUGGAUCCAUGGUACUCCUCUAAAAUAGAGAGUGAUAGCGCAGGAUUCACUAUGCCUCAACUAGAAAAAGAACAGUGGCAUAGCUAAGGUUGAAUGCUUGUGUGUGUGUGUGUGUGUGUGUGUGUGUGUGUGUGUGUGGGGGGGGGGAGAGGGGGGAGCAAGGUCACAAAAAAUGCUGGAUUUCUAGGGCUCAGAAAUGCCAUUUUCCACAUUCUGAUACCGAUUUUUAAAAGUAAUUGCAACGUCAUAAGGUACAAAGUUCUGUUAAAGUUACCAAGGAUGCCGGAACUGCGGGGGCCAGGAGGGGCAGCUGCUCCUGUUGCCUUUUUCUAGGAGGGACAAGAGGGGUAGAAGUGCCCUUUGAGUUAUAAAAUACUACCUAGCAAAUUACAUUUCCAGUGAUGUUUUUUGGGCAAAAUCAUGAGGUGUGAUAUUGAAUGUGACCUGAUUAAGUGUGUUUGCUUUCAUUGGCAAGUGAACACAUAAUUGUAGGUUUAUAUCUCCACCGAAGUCUAUAGAGGUGCCCUUUGGUGUGUGUUGCCCCCCCCCCCUUGCCUUUUUAUCGUCCCGGCGUACCUGAUUGUUACAUUGGAACACGGCACAGUACACAUGAAAAUAUAUUUAGAUUUAUUGAUUAUCAAAUGAAACAUUUCAUAACAUUUUUCACCUAUUGUCAUCAUCACACAUUUGCUAUCUAAAUUUAAACUAAAUCCAUUUUUCUGGAAGCAAUAUUUAGAAAUGUUUGUACAAGGUUUUAUAGAAUUUGAGUCAUUGGUUACUUCACCUGCCUCCCCCCUCGCCCUCACCCCUCAAUAUCUGGUAGGAUUUGAACUUUUGAAGAGAAUGGUUUGUGAAUACCAUUGGGUGGGCAAAUAUGUUAAAGAGUAAGCAAUGGAACAAAUUUGAAAUCUGCAUAAUAUUUCAAGUGUGCAAGUUUACAGUACUAGUGUAUAGAUUUCGUAAUGCACCUAUCAAUGUUAAGCCCCAGAGGGGGGAUGGCAUAUAUGGGUGAUUUGAUCGAUCUUUGUCUCCCCGCCCUCCGGAAUUUGAUCCUCAUUUUCGUCCCCAGGGUGGGGAUAUUUGAAUUUAGCGAUCAGGAGUGAAUAUUAGAAAAGGGAAGUUGUGACCGGAAAGAAGAGCAUGUUUUAAAGCAUGGGACGAAUGACUUCGCUUCCAUUUUGAAGGAAAUUUCCUUUUCGGAGGAAAUUUUAACUAAUUCAAGGAAAUUGUCAGGAAAUUCGAAUCUGAAGGAAAUUUGAAGGAAAUUUCGGAAGAUUGAAGGAAAUGUGAAGGAAAUUGCCUUAUUUCUAAAAAAUCCUAAGAAUACGGCAAUUUCCAAGGAAAUGUGCUUCAAAAUAUGCUGAAAAUCCUGUCCCUUUUGACUUAGAUUUCCAGCCCCACAGUGGGGAAUUUGAUCACAUUUGACUUAGAUUUCCAGCUCCACAGUGGGGUUUUUUGAUCGAAAAUUUGCACAAAAAUUCAAAUCCCCCAUAUAUGCCCCACCGCCCCCGCCCCCUCUGGGGAUUAUCAUUGAUAGGUGCAUAAUAAUUAAAUAGAAAAUGUACAUACAGAUUAACAUAACAUUCGCUUAAUUCAUACAGGAAAAAAAUAACAAUAAAGCAAAAAAUCUAACGCUAGUAUUUUACAGAGUAGACGAUGGAACAAAUUUGGUCUGAGUGUGGUCUGUGUGGAUUAAGUCUACAGACUGUACUACCAGUUACUAGUAUAGAUUUGGUAUUAAAAAGAAACAAAAUGUACAUGGUACAUACAGAUUUACAUUACAUUCGCUUGAUUGAUUGAUACAGCAACAAAAGUGAACAUUCUUCACGACUUGUGGUGUCACAUUGUCCCACAAAUCAAGAUCAAAAAGAGCAAAAAUUAAAACGCGAAGUUCUCACUCCCUGUCGAAGCCAUUUUCAAAACAAACAAUCGUCAUAUUGUCGGAAUCGUUCGGAAUGCAGUCGUAAGUGUCACGUGAAAAGUCCGAACAGGACAGGACAGAUUUGAGUUAUAUGAUAAUUGCAAGCCAUUUAAUGGGUUGCAACAAAAAUGAUCAUUUUAGAGAAUACGAUUAUGCGUAAAAUAAGCCUUUAGCGACAAAUAAGCCUUAUAGCGCGACAAAAGCAUCAAUAUAUAUGCUCAGCGAUAUACAGAGGCUAUACAAUAAAGUAUAAUUAUUAUAUGGCUUUUCAAAAUUCUCUAUUCUGAUUGACAUGCAAGCGGUCCGCAAAAACCCAUAUCCGGACAGUGGUCCGUAUUUUCCGUAUCUGGACCGGUCUCCCGGAUUUUGUUUAUCUGGCGAGAAAUUUUUGCUUUGCAAACAGAAAAAAAUGUUGCUUUUUAAAUUCCCAAUUGUGCUUUACAGAUAAAAAUUUCAAACAACCAAAUUGUUUUUGAUUGAGCAUGCAUGCCUACCGUAUAUUGUUACCCAAUGAAACUGACAAUAGCCGAUUUAAUUAAUUCGCGCGAAAAGCAUAUACUCACAGACUAAGUUCAGCCAUAUAAUAAACCGAUUAUUGACCUCGCUUGUUCGGUCUGUACUGUGUAUAGUGUCAACUAUUGAUUACAUUUGUGUACAUAACACGUUGUUUCAGAGCAUUUCUAAUGCCGAGGUCUUUGAUAUACACCCAGAGAAUGUAACUCACCACCUUCCAGUUACGGUUACAUUAGAUAUCAUGACAUCAUUCCCUGAGCAAUUAGCAAACUACGCCCCACCUCUGCGCAUUGCAUGGAAAAAAUGUACAUCAGACAAUAUCGAAAUGUUCCAAAAUGAGUUAAAUAGAAAACUCGAUUCCUUAGAUGGCCCUUUAUUACACACUUCGGACUCUAUCGAUACAUAUGCUAAGGAACUUACAGACUGCAUGGUGAAUGCCAGCGUGGUUUUGCCUCACAUCUCGUAUAAAAGCUACAUAAAGCCUUACUGGAACAAUAAGUUAAAAACAUUAAGAAAGGAAGUGAAUGGAAAAUAUAUAAAAUGGGCAAAAGAUGGGCGCCCUAGGGGACGACACAAUCAAACGUAUACGGAAUAUAAUGAAGUAAAACGGUUACUUAGACGUGAGCAGCGACGUUGCAUACAAGAAUACUCACUGAGAGAGUAUGCUAACAUGUCAAGUACGUUAGAGCAAGAACAAAAUAGAUUUUGGAAACUUCUUAACCUCACCAAGAAAAAUAAACGAAGUGACGUUAAUCUUGAGAUAGGUGAUGAAAUGGUGCAUGAUCCGCAUAAGAUCACUGGUUUGUGGGCGAAUUAUUAUAUCGUUUACGAUAUGAAAAUGAAAACAUCUUUGACAGUGGUUUCCUGA